AGCAGCUCCGGCCCCUCACCGACGCGCAGCCCGCGCCUGGCCAGAUCCGUCGGCGGAGGCCCGCAGCCCAGCGACGACGCGGUAGCCAUGGCUGAAGCGGCGCCUGCCCGAAAUCACACUGUGGAUCGUGGUGCCUACUGUUCAGGUCUUGGAGAAGAAAGUGGAUUCUUGCCUGGUCUGCUUGCUGACUCCGGAGGGAUGCUCAGGGACAGCGGAGAAGAAGCUGGCUGACUGAGAAGCCAGCUGUGGAGUUCAGCAGCCAGCUGGAGGGCAAGUGGGCCGUGCUGGGGACCUUGCCUCAGGAGUCUAGGCUGCUGCAGCAGCAGUGGAGAACAUGAAGAACCUCAUGGGCAACUGGAACUUCUGGGUCCAGCGGCUUCCCCCUGGCAACAAGGGGGAGGUCCCCAAGGUGCCCCUGACCUUUGAUGACGUGGCUGUAUAUUUCUCUGAAUUAGAGUGGGCCAAGCUGGAGGACUGGCAGAAGAGGCUCUACAAGCAUGUGAUGGGGGCAGCUAUGAGAUACUCGUUUCCCUGGGUAAGGCUGCAGAGGAAUACCUGGGCUUUCAUCCUACAAUGGCUUCCUGCUGUCUUUGCUUUUGCUUUAGGCAGCCAGACUCAGAUUUUUCUCCAUGCCCUCCCCAUUCUGUAUGAAGAUUAUGCCAUCUCCAACCCGGUCAUUCUCACCCAGAUAGAGAGGGGAGAAGAGCCUUGUCCUGCAGGCCCCUGGGGCCAGGAGAAGCGGGGUGAGGAGGAGACAGUAUGUCAAAGGAAACCAAAUACCAGCAUUUCUCUGAGUCCAGAGCAGGCCCCAAGUCCAGCUAGCCCUGCCCAGGAGGAACUGAAUCAAAGGCAGACCCCUGAGCGGCAGCAAGAGGAAGCAGACAUGAUUCUACCCGAGCCAGGCACUGGGAUUCCAGCAAGCACCAGCCCUUUAUCACUUAAACAGGAGGAAGAAUCUGCAGAGGGAGGAGAGUUGCCACCCUCCCCUUCCACAGAGAGCCUGCCUUCUGUGGAGCCAGGUGAGUGAAAAGAGAAAACACUUGUGACUGUGACAGAGCCUCAGAGGGCCUUUGGUAGUAACAGUCAGCCUGUGGUCAACUGGCCUUAAUGGAAAGUUACUGCUUGAAGACAUGCUGCGGAUAGAAGACUCUAUCUGCUAGUGAUAGAAAGGCUGUUCAUAUAUGAUCUGCUCCAGUCCCACAGUAACCCUGUGAGGUGGCCUACCUAGAUACACAGCCUCAGGCAUCUUGCAGUUUGCAUGUUGACCUAGACUUUCAGUGUAGGUCCUUCAC